AUGGCUGAUGUGUUGAGGAGCCUUAACUUGUUGGAGACACUAAAGGAGUACGUUGAGAAGAAUAAGAUCUCAGAUGUAAGGGACGCUGUGGAGGAUCUACUUGUUAGUCACAUCAAUAUAGCAGUGGCAGGGGACAGGGGACCUGAAAAAGCUGCUUUUAUCAACUCGCUUCGAGGCCUCAGCUUUGAGGAUGAAGGGGCAGCCCCUCGCUCUUCUUCCUCUAAUCCAGAAGAACUUGCACUGUACCAACACACCAAGUACCCCAACUUCAGACUAUGGGACUUGCCGGGAUUCUCGAAGGAUUCCAAGAUCGAUCCAUUAGAUUACAUGGAGCAUUUCAAGCUCUUGCGGUACAACGCGGUCAUCUUCACCUUCACCGCGAGCCCUCAUCCCAACAGUGUGAUUCUAUGGAAAAAAGCUCGCAUGGUGCAGAAGGAAACAGUGUACUUUGCCUUGCUGGCAACAGAAAAGGACACAGAGAAAACAAUGGUGGCCAAGAAAAAAAAGAGUGUGGAGGAGCUCAAGGCAGAAGGAGUAGCUAAUCCCACCGUCUACCGAGUGCAGCCUAUAGCUCUUGAGAUGGAAGACUUCCCAAAGCUCUUGGAGGCGAUGACGGGUGGUCUGCAUGAGAUAAGAUCCCAUGCACUACUGCUGGCUCUACCCGCCUUCUCUACCGCCAUUGUGACCCAGAAGAGGGACACAUUUAAAGCACUGGUGUGGGCUGCAGCCUCACUCUCUGGUGGCAUCUCAACCAUCCCUGUGCCCCUGGUGGCCUCCGUUGUGGAUAGUGGCUUGGCUGUACGGAUUCUUUCCAAAGCUCAGACCUCACUCUGCCUGGACGAUGAGUCGAUAGAGCGAUUGGCAGGCCAACGAGGCAAGAACACGGCACAGCUCAAGGGCCUGCGAACUUGUGUCCUCUCAAUUGAAGUCACCAAGAGUGAAGUGAAGAGACGGCUCGCUGCAGCGGAGAAGAGCACCAGCUCAACCACCAAUCGGUUGGUGGAGCUGGCAAUGCCACGCAAUGCCAGGGCUGCAAGCCGCUCCUUUACUGUCAUGCUCCAGGCCCUCAAUGGGGCAAUAGAUGAGAUGGGUGUUGAUGCAGAGAAGAUAGUGGAGAUGGCGACAGGGAAGGGACAGUGA